AUGGACUUGGCCUGCAUGCUUACGUUGCCCAAGUCAUACGACAUAGCUAUUCAGCUCAUGUCACGUGCACGUAAGCCCGAUCUCGCUAAGCGCAUCAGCAUUCUCAUGAAGGCCAAGGUGCAGGAAAUAGAGGAGGAGCAGGAGAUAGCCAGGAAGAAGGAAGAAGG